AUAUAUAUAUAUAUAUAUAUAUAUAGCUUUUAAUUUCCUAAUAAAUUAAUCGAAUUUCUCUAGAUUUUGGAUUCUUAGCUUGAAGGAGAGUUAUAGAGAUGUCGUGUUUGGCUUCUUGCUGUGCUGCAGCCACAUGCGGCCUUUGCUCAACGGUGGCCUCCGGGAUCUCAAAGAAAUCAGCUAGGCUUGCUUAUUGUGGCCUCUUCGGGCUUUCCCUCAUCGUUUCAUGGAUUCUUCGAGAAGUCGGUGCACCUCUUUUGGAGAAGUUGCCAUGGAUAAACAGUUCUACUCACCCAAAAGCAUGGUAUCAAGAACAGGCAGUGCUUCGUGUCAGCUUGGGAAAUUUCCUGUUUUUUGUCAUACUAGCUCUAAUAAUGAUUGGUGUGAAGGACCAAAAUGACAGACGUGAUUCAUGGCAUCAUGGUGGAUGGACUGCAAAGAUGGUGAUCUGGAUUUUGCUUGUGAUCCUAAUGUUCUUCCUUCCCAAUGUUAUCAUCACAGUCUAUGGAACUUUAUCAAAAUUUGGUGCUGGUCUGUUUUUGUUGGUUCAAGUGAUUAUUUUACUUGACUUUACACACACGUGGAAUGAUGCCUGGGUUGAAAAAGAUGAACAGAAAUGGUAUAUUGCUUUACUUGUUGUAUCAGUUUGUUGCUAUCUCUCAGCAUUUGUAUUCUCUGGCAUUUUGUUUAUAUGGUUCAACCCUUCUGGUCAUGACUGCGGCCUGAACGUCUUCUUUAUUGUCAUGACAAUGGUUCUGGCAUUUUCUUUUGGAAUUAUAGCUCUGCAUCCUGCGGUGAAUGGCAGCCUUUUGCCUGCUUCUGUGAUAUCAGUUUACUGUGCUUAUGUGUGCUACACGGGUCUCUCCAGUGAACCUAGAGAUUAUGUAUGCAAUGGUCUCCAUUAUAAAUCCUCAGCAGUUUCUACAAGUACUCUUAUUCUUGGGAUGCUCACAACAGUUCUCUCAGUUAUCUAUUCUGCUCUCCGUGCUGGAUCCUCGACAACAUUUUUAUCACCACCAUCUUCCCCAAGAGCAGGUACAGCAAAACCACUUUUAGAAGGGGACGACGUGGAAGAAGGGAAGGAGAAGGAGAAGGAGAAGGAAGCUCCACCGGUUAGCUAUUCGUAUUCAUUCUUCCACCUGAUAUUUGCCUUGGCAAGCAUGUACUCUGCCAUGCUUCUUUCCGGAUGGACCAGCUCAUCCGAGAGCUCGGAUCUCAUAGACGUUGGCUGGACAUCAGUCUGGGUUCGAAUCUGCACCGAGUGGGUCACUGCUGGACUCUAUGUUUGGACCCUCGUGGCACCUUUGAUUCUCCCUGACCGCGAGUUCUAGUAGUUUUCGUCUCAGCAGCAUGCCUAGCAAUUCAAAAAGCCAUUAGCAUCUGAAUAGUUGAGUAAAUAGGUAUAUAAAGCUACUCAUCUCUUGGAACUAUCAAUGUUCUUCCUUUACUUUUGUUGGAAACCCAUGGUUGUAGAUAGUGAAGCCAGGUUUGUUUGCUGUAUCCUGCAUAUAAAAUCAGCAUAAUGAAUGUAUAAAGACAAAAUCGUUAUUUUGC